GAUGGGUCGGAGUGGUGUGAUCGCGAGAUCUCAGCUUGGAAUCAGUCAAACAUUUCCCAGUUCGCCGGCAAGAUGUGGUUCCUUACGAGUGCUUUGGUUGUCCUAGGAGCUCUUACUUUGGUUCAGGGUAAUAUGCAGUUCCACUUCUCGCUGGAUUUCCAUGUGAAGCAGCCCCCCAACUCUACUGAUACCAUCGACAAGACCAUAAUAGUGGAGAAUAACCAGAUUUCAAUGGUGGACAACGAAGGGACGACUACGAAAUCUCCGAUGAGUCAGUGGACGGAUCAGGAUCAGUACAAUCAGAUCACCCUGCAGAAGGUGAUCGAUACGCGGAGAUCCGUUCAGCAGCUGAAUACGGAGCUAUCUCCUUUGGCGGGCAGGAGUACCGAUCUGGCCAGGAGAAUCAAACAGAGUCUGCGUUAUGUCAACGAUGUAGACGCUGCCCUAGAGGAUCUCACCAACUUUGGCCAGCUGGUGGAGCUGCUGAGAAAGUUCGUCAGCCUGGUGGAUAACCUCAGGGAUCCCAAUAAUUUCGGAGGAAUCCGCAGCCUGGAGUACGUUCUCCUAAAGUUGGCCUUGGAGAAAUACGAUCUACUCAACAAGCGACAAGAAAUCGGAGGAUUUUUGGAUAAAGCGGAGACCGCCUGGCAACGAUACCAAAACACGCAGGUGGUUCUCCUGGAUAACUCCACCUGAGCCCAGCUCAUUUUACUAGGUUUUUAAGUCUUGCAGACCUUGUUAGGAGUAUAAUUUUAGGAUAGGACAGGACAAAGACCAGCAUCUUUGGACGAGACAAUCACUGCACCAUCAUCUGGGGCGGCACGGCCCUUGAAAGGAAUAAAAGACUUUUAAGGGA